AUGGUUUCCCUACGAGCAAAAAUAUUCAUUGUGGCUCUUGCGGUGCUAUUACUUUCGCAAAGAUGGUGGUUGCCUCUCCUGGGUGUGCUCAUCAACCUUGUGGCGCUUCCAAGUCGCUGGCACGACAGAUCUGCCCAGUCUUACAUUUCGGAAGAGCACGAUAAUUUUGACAUAACAUUCGCCUCAUACAGUGUCAAUCAGUCUAUCUUGGGCCUCUCAUAUCAAGAUGUCGUCCCCCCCAUUCUACACCAUAUAAACCUAGGUCCCAAGCAGCCCUCCCCAGAGUGGAUGGCGGCUCGAGACGAGUGCAUUGAAUAUCACCCAGACUGGAAGGCGUAUAUCUGGGAUGACAAGGCUUCCAACGAAUUCGUCAAGGAAAAGUUUCCCCACCUUAAGGAAAUGUGGGAUAAUUAUCAUUUUCCGGUGGAGAGGGUUGACGCAUUGCGAUACAUGGUGCUACAAAAAUACGGAGGCGUCGUUCUUGACUUUGAUCUCGCCUGCAAACGGAACUUGGACCCCCUAAGGCGCUUCGAGUUUGUAGCUCCAUCCGCUCACCCGACGGGCUUCUCCAUUGGCUUUAUGAUGUCCAGCCCAGGCAACCCUUUUGUGCACGAACUUGUGGACAACCUUUCUAGAUAUAACCACGCUUGGUUUUUUCUUCCUUAUGUGACUGUCAUGUUCAGCACUGGCUGUCAUUACGCAUCUACUAUCUUCACUCUCCAUAAGAAUCGUUCUGCGCUUCGGAUCCUGGGUGGAAUCCCUGGCCAUCCACGCUUACACAUGCUGAACGGAUAUGUCGACACGCCGUUGUUCCGCCAUCUAGGAUCAUCCUCCUGGCACAGCUUCGAUGCCUUCCUUAUCAACUGGCUUGGCCACCGGCAGAAGGGGCUUAUAAUCGUUAUCUUCAUUGUAUUAUCCUUCCUGGUUGGUUCACUGGUGACAACAUGUCUAACAUUACGGCAACGGAGACGUUACGCUGCAUUACGAAGUAGACUGAGUUCUAUCGACUACGAGUCACAUGACGGUUCGUUGUUAAUCAAGGAGGCAUAG